ACGUAUCGGAGGGUAUCGAACGGAGUAUCCGCGUAACGACGGCAUAUAACGCGGGUGGGGAUCCCGCGAACGAAGAAGAAAACGAAACUGUUGCCCAAGGAGAGGGACGUUUUCGAGAGGCGUGGGGAGGAGAGUCGUGUGUCCCAAAGGGGAGUGGUAGCCGAUCGUGGUCGUUCUACGCGAACAAAGAGGUGUAACGUGGGGGGUAGGUGAGUUGGGCCCGGGUGGCGAAGGCGAAAGUAUGCCGCGUAUAUAAGGCGACGAACCGACGGCAAUCAGCAUCCAGUUCACUUCUGGACGCACCUGGAAUAUCUCGGAAGCAAAAAUGAGAUUUCUGGUGUACGCGACAGCGAUCGGCCUGCUGGUCUCGUCCGUAUGGGCGGAGGAGAAGAGCGAGAAAGCGGAGGCAUCGGUGGACGAGAAAGCAACCAAGAAACAAGAAAAACGUGGUCUGUUGGGUCUCGGUUACGGCUACAGCUACGACGGAGGUUACGAUAUCGGCGCAGGUGGACACGGUGGUCUGGAACUGAGCGGCGGAUACGGUCACCUGGGAUACUCCGGAGGUUACGGAGGACACAUUCUGGACGCGGGACACGAGCACGUGAAGACCGUGACCGUGGUGAAGAACGUGGCCGUUCCGUACCCCGUGGAGAAGCACGUGCCUUAUCCCGUGGAAAAGCCGGUACCGUACCCGGUGAAGGUUCCGGUACCGCAGCCGUAUCCCGUCGAGAAACCCUACCCGGUGAAGGUCCUGGUGAAAGUUCCGGUGCACGUACCGCAGCCUUACCCCGUGGAGAAGAAGGUUCCGUACCCAGUCCAUGUGCCCGUUGACCGUCCGUAUCCCGUAAAAGUUUUGGUACCUCAGCCUUACCCGGUCGAGAAGCACAUUCCUUACCCGGUGAAGGUCCCCGUACCUCAACCGUACCCCGUCGAGAAGCCCGUCCCGGUGCCCGUAAAAGUUCCGGUCCAUAUACCGGCGCCCUAUCCAGUGGAAAGAUUGGUUCCAAUCAAGGUUCCCGUCGAUCGUCCUGUUCACGUGCCGGUACCUAAACCCUACCCCGUGCACAUCGAAAGACCCGUGCCGUACCCCGUGGAGAAACCAGUGCCCGUAGCCGUCAAGGUACCCGUCGACAGACCGUAUCCUGUACCCGUCGAGAAGCCGUACCCUGUCGCGGUUAAGGUACCCGUGCCGCAACCGUACCCGGUCGAGAGGCCUGUACCCUAUCCCGUGGAGAGACCGGUACCCGUCGAAGUCAAGGUUCCGGUAGACAGACCGUAUCCCGUACACAUCGAGCGACCGGUACCUUAUCCGGUCGAGAAGCCUGUACCGGUUCCCAUCAAAGUACCGGUAGCUGUUCCUGUUCACCAUCACGAUAGCGGUCACGAUUGGGCGGGUAGCCAUGGUUAUCAUUAAUCGCGAAAUUGGAAUCGUACUGGCUCGGUCAGGACCAAGCGGAUGACCAACCGCCAGUCGACGUCUUUAGCUAACACAGGGAACAAAGAGAAAGAGAGAAAAAUGAAGAGUGAGAAAGAGAGAACGAGAAGAGGAAGAAGAAAGAGAUGAAGAGAUAGAAAAACGUGAACGAGUCGAAGGACGAUGUCCAUAACAGCCUUCUUCUUGUACCUGGAUCGGGCGACGAGGAAGGACUUCCGACGGCGAACCGAGUCGCUUCGAAGGGCGGGCUUUUGCUAACGGUGGAUCGUAUUCGGUCCUCGCGUCGAAAGGACCGAAUGGAUCCACACUCGGAGGCUGUCUUUAAUGUCCUUCGCUCGGAAACAGCUCGCUUAUUUCAUCUUUUUUUUUUUACCGAUAUAGCAGAAUACAUGUAUUUUUCUACCAACUAUAAAUAUUAAUAUUCUAAAGUAUA